AUGAAGAUUUCUGGUAUCAUUAUUACGCUGGCCUUUCUAGGCGCCUCCAAUACUGUCGGCAGUGCUAGCAAGAUAGGUGAUGCCUUUGAAAAUGGCUUCUGCUCCUUUGUCAAAACCUUCAAAGUUUGUCCUCCCAUAUCGCUUAAAUGCGCUUAUGAGACCAUUACGACCGAGAACGAAAUGAUAAAUCACAGGAUAUUCCUUUUCUUCUUUACCACUGGUUUUCAUGGUUCAUUUCUACUUGCAACUCAAAUGAAAAUUCCUGCUACCAUCAUUACCCUGACCUUUCUAGGUGUCUUUAAUCCUGUGAGCGGUGCUACCAGCGAGAUUGGUGAUGCCCGUCAAAAUCGUUUCUGCUCAUUUGCCAAACGCCACAACUUUUGUCCUCCCAAAUGCUAUCACGAUACCUUCACGAGUGAGAACGAAGGCCUUGGUAUGUAUCAAGUUUGA